AAAUGCAUUCUGGCAACAGCUGUGCAACAAAUUGUUUACAAAACAUUUUGAAAUAAUUAAAACGGAAAAUGACAAAUUUCGUUGUGAAGCUGCUUCAGCGCACCCAACUGUCCCACAGCCAGGUGGAUAAAAAGCCCUUCAUCUAUGCCCGGAGCAACUGGCUGGACGAUGAGGUCGAGUUUCAAUUCCUGUCCACAUUCGACAACCAAAAUUAUAGGGGCAGCCUGAAGUAUACGGAAAUACGAAGUGCUGCCAGUGAUCUCGACGUGGAGUACGAGUUAUUUCUCAGCGAAUGCAAGAAUGCGCUCACCACGCACAUGGGACUGACCGGAUUCGACUACGAGAUAGCCCAAGAGGACGAGCAGCAACAGGUCUUUAAACUGCACAAAUGCGACGGCUAUGAGGCGCUAUACCUAGACAUUCCGCUAAAGAAAGUGUCCAACUGCUAUCAGCUGCUGGAUGCAGCUAUAGAUCUGGGCCAGCAGCCGGCAACGGCGGCUCCUUCCACAGACCUUGAGCGGUUAGGCAAACACACGAUCGAAGAGUACGAGAAAUAUGUGACGUCAUCCAAGGAAAAGGAAGCGCAAAUGCUGAAAAAGUUCAUUCUGCUCAUAAAUAGCAAAAAGGCACACAUAAGAGAUCUGAAGAGACAGCUGGAAGAGCGACACGAUAAGCAUUCCAAGCAGAGGAAAAACUCUGGCAAUGAAGACACCGACGACGACGGGGAUGAGGAGGAGUUUGGUGCCGCCACGCAGGCUAUGGAUAUGGAAAAGAACACGUAGCAUGCCACAAUGCCACUGGUAACACCCACGCAGCCACAGAUCUUUCAUUGAGUUCGUGUCGGUGUGGCUC